UCUCGUGCUCUUCGACGGAAACAAUGGAGCCGUCUAGUAGUAGAAGGGUAGAGGCUCACAGCCAGCAUCUCAUCUUCGAACUGGUCUACGGGUGUCCUAUCACUUUUCGUUACUAGCAAUGGAGCCGUCUGGACCGAGCUAUGUUAGAUUCCUGAAUGGAAAUCUUUCUCUCUACAUAUUGUUCGCCGAGCCACGCCAACUUGAUGAUACAAUUCCUGUGAAACCAGCAACCUCGAUGCAGUACAUUAAAUUCGGGUCAGAUGGGCAUCUGAGAGUUUACGAGUGGAACUCGACCUCAGGGUGGACGGAAGUGGGCGAUCUUCUGACAAAAGAUUUAUCUGAUGGAGAGUGCAGCUACCCAACUGUUUGUAGGAAUUAUGGUAUUGGCUCAACUGAGCAGUGUAGUUGUCCUGGAGGAACUGGUAACAACGAUAGCUAUUUUAGGCAACUAAGUGAUUGGCAGUCGGAUCUCGGCUGCUUCGAAAUUACUCCAUUUUCUUAUGAAGCUUCUGAAAAUCACAAUUUCAAGACUUAAAAGAUGUAACUUACUUCACCUUUUUCGCCGGGGAUGCAAACACAACUGAAACGAGUUUGGAGAAUUGUAGGCAGGCAUGCUUGAAUAACUAUUCUUGUAAGGCUGCUUUGUUUCUGUACCAUACCAAUGCUUCCGCAGGUAGUUGCUUUUUGCCAACCAAACCUUUUUCAUUGGUGAACAAUGAUAAGAACAAAUGUAAGUAUAAUACGUCUGCAUUCAUUAAGGUGCAGAUACCAGAUGUUUCUCCUACCCCAUCCCUUCUUCUUGAAAAGAAAACAAGCCAAACUGCAAUAAUAUUAGGGUCCAGUCUUGCAGCUCUGUUUUUUGUUUUUAUUGUAGUUUGCAUCUUAAUUACUCUUUAUAGGAAGAAAAAUGAUGAGGAGAAAUAUGAGGAGGAUGAUUUACAUCAAGUACUAGGAAUGCCCAGGAGAUUCUCUUAUCAAGAUCUCAAAGAUGCAAAAGAGGAUUUUUGUAAGAAGCUUGGAGAAGGAGGAUUUGGAUCGGUUUUUGAAGGGACUCCCGGAAAUGGCACAAAAGUUGCAGUGAAGUGUUUGGAUGGUUUGGGCCAAGUCAAUGAAUCGUUAAAAGCUCUUUCGAUGCAAGAAGUAGACACAGUAUGAAAUUGUUCCUUCUUCCAAAUCAGGUCCCAAGUUCAUGCCGAUUCCUUCCCCAAAACUCAAAAGUAAUGGGAAAAGGUUGGUAUUGGUAUUACCAACAUUUGCACCAUUUCCGUAGGUCGCGGGCUUCAUUUUUCUCCACAUCUCUGCAGCACUGGUAUGCAUCUUCCCAGAUACAUUCUGCCUAGCCAUCAAAAAAUCGAAACCGAAUGCCGUCAAUCGCUCCACUGAAGAAAUCGACCAACAGGAUGAAGGACAGUCGUCGUCCGAUGAAGAAUCAUCAACCAACAGGAUGAAGCACGAUCAUCAUCCGGUGAAGAAUCAUCGCCAGAAGA